UGGCAGAGAGACAGUGGAAGGGUUUAAGCAUAAGCAAAAAGCAGCGGAAGUUGGUAUCUCUUUCCUAGGUUGUAGUCUUGUAGAGGAGAUGCCAGUAACUGUAAGAGGAAAAGCAGAGAAAGAGAAAGAGAAGCUGAAUGAAAUACUGGGUUCCCUCCUCGCCACCAUCAAUGACACUAUUCAGGUUUUGGAUCAAAAACCGCAUUCUUCUUUGCCCAAAGUCUGUUGGGAAGAUGUCAUUAAGAUGGGUGACCAAGUUUCUAAACAGGCUACCAUAGUGGGAAUGCUUUGGAGUGGAGAAAAGCCAGAGUCCAAAGCAAUUGAGGAAAACAUGGAAACUUACUUCAACACUCUACAAGGUUUUCUGUUGCUUUCCCAUGGCAGUAAAGUAGGUGCAGGGCCUACCUUGUCUUCCAGUGUUGAUGCAUCUCUGAAGCAAGUUGUUGAUUCUAGCUUCAGGUUGAUGAAGGGAACUGUCUCUUUUUAUGGAUCUCAUGGUGAAGACCUGAAACUAUCAUUACCACAAUUGGUUGGUGCUGUAUGGGAAGCAUGUUCUGCCCUUAAAAAGACUCCUAUAACAAAUAUUACAGCCAUUGGGCGAGGAAUGACACAGGUUGCAGUUUCAGUGAAGGAUGUUCUUCGUGAGAUGAGAGAAUUGAAGCUAGCUUCAUCUGAUGAUCCAAGUGAAGAUGAUCUGGGGAAUGACCUGUCACCUGAAGAGAUGAAAGUGGCUCAAUGUGCAAUUGUGGUCGUCUCUGAUUCGCUUUUGGUCAUAAAAGAACUUAUUCGCUCCAUCACAGGCUUACUUAAGCAAGAAAAACCAAAUGACAACAGCACUUUUGUAAAUUCGCUGGAGAAGUUGUUGCAGCAGUGUCAGGAAAUUGGUCGGCAGAUUGAUGAGAUUGGAUUUUGCCUUUAUCCUCCACAAGGUCUUUCUUCCAUAAAGGCAGCUUUGGAGAAAAUCCAGAGCACUAUUGAUGCUGUGGAAGUGGAGCUAGGAGAACUUCAUGGUACACCAGAUUUAUUUCAGGAGGCAUGCAGUUCUUUGAGGAGUUCACUGAAACAGCUUGCUUCUGAAGUUGAAGUAGGUGGCUCUAGUGCUGCUGAUAUAGAAGCCAAACUGGAAAAUAUUACAUUAACCAAAUAGACUCUGGUAUGUGUAGUUGGGGGGUGGGGGUGGGGGUGGAGGGUUUGAAAUAUAUGUGCAAUGAAUUCGAUGUUGUAGAAACUAUAAAACGAUUCCUUUGAUCUAUAAUUCUAUACACGGAGAGGUACUUCUGUUUCUGGU